AUGAAAUCUAGAUUUCCGAGUGACGCAUCAAAUAGUUCUACUUCUUGGAGUUGCUCAUCUUCUUGUUCAACUGGAUACUACAGGGUAUCCAUAAUGGGUGCUAAUGGUGUUGGUAAAACAGCAUUGAAAAAUUGCUUUAUGAGCUCAGAGUAUAUUUCGUCUUCAGAAUUGGUUAUCCAUGAAUUCGAUGAAAACACACUCACUGUUGUAGUCGACAAUGAGGAAUCUACAAUGGAAUUCAUAGAUUUUUCAUCCGUUCAGAAAGAUGAUUUACCAGUUGAUGCAUGUGUUGUUGUGUUAUCUGUCCACGAUAGCGGUUCGUUUACAAUAGCAGAAGGAUAUUUACAUUAUCUGCGCAAUGAACUUGAUAGUGAUAGACCAAUCAUAUUAGUCGCAAACAAAAUUGAUCUAGUCAGAAAACGACAAGUAACCACAGAAGAAGCACGUAAACUCGCCAUGGAAUUCGACUGCAAAUACAUCGAAACAUCUGCUGUGUUAAAUCAUAAAGUUGACGAACUAUUAGUAGGAAUAUUAAAACAAAUAAAACUGAAGCUUAACCCAGAGGCCAUUGAAAAAGCAGGGAUGCUGUCUCAGGACAAAGGAAAAAAACAUUCAUCACGUAAAGGACCUAAAAAGCUUCUAGAUAAACUCUUUAGAAGAAACUGUAAAUCUUUAUCGAGAUUAGAAAAUUUGUUUGAUCUGUGA